AUGAGUAGUCUAGUGAAACAUAUCAAAAAGAUUGAUUUUUUUGGUGCUCCUUUAGUGUAACAUAUCGAUAAGGAAUAGUCCAUUUAUAAAAGUAUAUUAGGAGGAAUUAUUACAUUUUUAAUUUGUUCUGUAAGCCUAUUUUACACAGUUUGGGUCAUAUAUUUAUGGCAUACAAAUCAAUUUAGCCCUAAAAUAUCAAGUUCAGUAUAUGUAUCAAACUUUUCAUUGUUGGACUUUAACUACGACUUAAUCAAACUAUGUUUUUAUAAAUAUGAUGAGAAUAUGAUAGACCCAUUUGAAACUAAAGUUCUUCUGCCAUUAAUCACUUAUACUGAAAAUUAUACAUACACUGAAACUAAACUGUUAAGUUUAUCGAAUGAAACCUCUUAUUAUGGAAAUAAAUUUAUAAUUCCUUAAAUAAGAUUAGGAUUCACCAAUUUCAAUAAUAUUUUAAUUACAACAUCUGAAACGUACAUCUAAAUCGUAAGAUGUACACCAGAGCUCUUAGUAGAAGGAGAACAAUGUGCAUCUGAAGAAAUCAGCAAUAAGUUUUUUAGUUAAGCUUAGAACAUAAUCAUAAUGUAGAUCAAAUACAAACAAAUAAAUUCAUAAGAUGGUUCAAUAGAAUCAAGUAUUUAAGAAUUCUUUGUGUCAAUAGAAUAACUGAAUUGUUAUACUUUAAAUACAUUUCUUCAAAGUAGCUUUUAUGAAGUAAAAGAUUCAAUUCUUUUUGGAUCACCUAAGCAAUUAGAGUAUGUAAAUGGAGCUUUGAUCUAACCAUAAACUAAUACAAUAUAAUAUUGUAAAUAAGCUUUUGGUGUUGAAACUUAUGCUUCUCUUUAUGUGGUUAUGAAAGGAAACCAGAUUAAAACCAUUCUAGAGUAUCCUAAUGCAGGCGAUUUGUUAGCUAAUAUUGGUUCAAUUGUUUCACUUUUAUUUAUGUUUAGNGAUCUAAUAUGA